CUUGAAGCGACAAAAGAGGCUUAAUGAGGAUCAAGGGCGUAGUGGGGGCGAGUUUUGGUGCUGACGAUUCAUAUACAACAACACGCCAUAUACCACACCGCUCCAAUUCAAGGUACUAGCAAGACUCCCUCGGGCUGCUAAAUUAUAACAAAAUGGCAAGAGGAAGUCAUCCGCAAAGCCGCAAUAAAGUGUUGAUUCAUGUCCUAGACGAUAUCGCACGCGACAAUCCCUCCAAGAUCUUCGCGGAGAUACCCAACUCUCCAACCACGUUCGCAGAUGGGUUUCGCAAGGUAACAUACCAAGAGCUCUCGAACGCCGUCAACGGGAUCGCAGCGCACCUGGAAAGAGGACUUGGGAAAGGGAAGUCGACCGAGACCUUGGCAUAUAUAGGCCUGCAGGAUCUGCGCUAUGUGAUUCUGCUCCUAGGCGCAGUGAAGGCCGGGUAUAGCAUGCUUUUCUUCAGCCCACGCUUUCCUCCUCUCGCUGCAGCAACCCUUUUCCGGCAGACCGGCAUCAAAACCAUUCUCAUCUCCAAUCCACGCCUCCCUUUUCUAGCGCCUAUCCUUGAGCAGCAUCCGUUGCAGGAACUGGGAAUACCUGAUCUGCAGGCCCUCCUGGACACUGAGUACCCGCACUACGCUUACAACGUAAGCUUCGAAGAAGCCCGGAACCAGCCCUUCAUCACAGUACACACUUCCGGAUCGACAGGUUUUCCCAAACCCAUAAUUGCUACGCACGACUGGGUAGCCAGCAUUGCUGAGGAGAUUUAUCUAGAGCCGCCAGAGGGAUAUAUGUCAACGCUCAAGCCCCUGUUCGACACGAAAAUCUACUUUCAAUUUCCCUUCUUCCAUAUGAGCUUCGUCAUAGGCAACGUCAUCCUCCCCCUCCUCACCGGCACCACCGUUGUCUACCCACCCGCGGGCGUUCCCCCUUCCGCAACCUCAGUCGCCGAAGUCGCAGAAGCUAACGACAUCUCCCUCAUUGCGCUCAGCCCUCUCACCAUUCUGCAGCUUCACCAGGACGACAAGCUGCUCGAUCGCAUCGCCGCCCGCGUGCCCCGGCUGUUGUACUCUGGCGGCGACAUCCCCACCGCAGUCGGGGACGCACUCUCCAAGAAGGUCCACCUUGCCAACGCGAUGGCGAGCACCGAGUGUGGUAUCUACCACGGCAUCGUGCCUGCCUCUCUCCCCGUAGGCACGGCCUGGCACUCGCUGGGCUUCCACCCUGCGUCCAACGUCACCUUCGUGCAGCGUGAGGGGGAUAUCUACGAGGCCAUCAUCCGGCGCACGGAGAACAAACACACGCAGCCCAUUUUCCGCAUCUUCCCCGACAAGCAAGAAUACGCAACGGGAGACUUGUACCGGAGGCACUCGCAGCUCGAGGGGCUGUGGGACCACCAGGGCAGAAACGACGACAUGCUCGUCUUCGCGUCGGGCGAGAAGUUCUGGCCCGUCGACGUGGAAUCUCGCAUCUCUCAACACCCGAGCGUCAGCGAAGCACUGGUUAUCGGCACGGGGAGGCAGAGGGCGGCGCUGCUGCUUGAACUCCAGCCCACUGCAGGCGAGCGUACGACCAAGGAGACGCUGGAUGAAGUGUGGCCGGCUAUCGAGGCGACGCAUGCUAUGUGCUCGCCCGCAGCGAGGAUUCUACGGGCGUUCGUAGUAGUGUCAGAUCAGGAGAGGCCGUUCGUCAAGACGCCCAAGGGCACUGUGGCUAGGGGGCCGACGGCGACGCUGUAUGCCGCGGCUCUCGCAGAACUGGACAGAGCAGCGACGCAAAGGGGGGUCGCGGCACCGGAAUCGGCAGUCGAGAUUUCGACGGGUGGCGUGCAGCUGUGAGAUGGAACCUGUCGCGGGUGCCGUCCGGGCGGUCGGGGAACGCUGCUCGAGUCGGGAUGUGGGACUGCAUGCCAGAGUCCGAGGGUUAUGUAUACUGGAUCUAGGAAGAUUUCUCGAGAAACCGCUUUGCUUUGUUCAGAAGUAUAGAAAGGUUGACGGUCGUUGGACGCUUCGACAUGUCCAUUCGGCAGCCCCUUGCUUGUCUAUGGACUUCAGUCACACGCUCGCUUCAGCCUUCGACGGUCACGACUGGG